AUGGAGUCCUCGAUACCUAACACUAGUACGAACCAACAAGUUUUACGAGAAGCUGGAGAACAAACUAUUAAUGCAGAGUGGUCAGCAACAGUGUCUGCAUUAAAUUCAUCAAACACAACUUCAAGUAAUUCCUAUAUUAAUAUUGAGACAUUAAAAGAGUGUUGUGCUAAUCCUUCAGAUACUCUUAAAGAUAAAGACGAUUUUAUGGUUAUUGAAUCUUCUUCUACUGUUGUAAAUAUAUCAAAUUUCAAUGACACUAAAUAUUAUUCAGAAUGUAAAACUACAGUAUUUCAGAAAAAACACAAACCACUUUCCCAAAACGUUAGUCGUUGUUUUGAGAAUAUUCUAGAUGAUGAUAGCCAAAUGGAGAUAACUCAGAAUAGUAUUUGUUUAAAUCGCUUUCAAAAACGUAAACGGUUGAUACCACCAAAUAAUGAAGAUUUUAUUAAAAUUAAUAAUUCCAAUUACAGUGGCUCAAAUAGUAUGGAAGUCAGCAUGAUGAAGUCUCCAAAAUUCAAUUUUUCCAGGAAAAAAAAGGAUCAAUUUGAAAUACCAGAUUAUAAUUUGUCUGCCUCAGAAAGUGAUUCAAUUGCUAAUGAAACUAAUAUAUCUAAAAGGAAAGAAAAUACAUCAAAUUGCUCUAUUGUUGUAAAUGAUAGUUCCAACAAUAUGAAGAAUGCAUCAAGAACAGAAGUCUUUACCCACAAAUUCAGCCUAAAAACAAUUGGUGUAACUGAUUCUGUUUUUGAAAAUAUUAUCAAUAAUUCAAGCAUUAUAUCUGAUAUUACAUUAAACAACAAGAAAACAUUGUUGAAUGAAACUGCAUUAUCAAAUGUUAACAACUCAUCAUUUUUUAGUAAAAUGGACUCGUCUAAUUUAAACCAUACCUAUGAUAUACCCAAUAAUACUAAUUCUACAUCAGUCAAAGCUUCAAUUGCUGGUGAUGCUGAUAUACCUAAAGUAAAACAAAAUACUGUUUUUAAAAAACCAUCAAACUUAUCUAUUCUUGUAAAUGAUAGCUCUAACAAUAUUAUGGAUGUAUCCAAAACGGAAGUCUUAGCACAAAAAUUCAGCAGAAAAUCAAUUUGUGUACCUGAUUCUGCAUUUGACAACAUUAUUGAUGAUUCAAGCAUGACAUCUAAUAUUGGAUUAAAUAACAUGAAAACAUCAUUGAAUGAGACCUCAGUGUCAAAUAUUAAUAACAGUAAAAUGGACAUGUUACAUUUAAACCAUACCUAUGAUAUACCCACAAAUAUUAAUACUCCUAAAAUUGAUGUCAUUGGUGAAGCUAAUAUACCUAAAGUAAAACAAAAUACUGAUUUAAAAAAUCCUUCAAAUUCGUCUAUAGUUGUAAAUGAUAGUUCUAACAAUAUCAUUGAUGUAUCCAAAACAGAAGUCUUUACACACAAGUUCAGCCGAAAAACAAUUGAUGUAGCUGAUUCUGUAUUUGACAAUAUUAUUAAUAAUUCAAGCAUUAUAUCUGAUAUUACGUUAAAUCAUAAUCAUACAUUCCCGAAUGAACAGCUAGUGUCAAAUGUUAAUAAUUCAAUGCUUAAUAAAAUUGAUAUGUCUAAUUUAAACCAUACAUAUGAUAUCCCUACAAACAUUAAUACUUCUACAAUUGACGUUUCUAUUACUGGUGAUGCUAAUAUACCUAAAGUAAAACAAAAUACUGAUUUAAAAAAACCUUCAAAUUCGUCUAUAGUUGUAAAUGAUAGUUCUAACAAUAUCAUUGAUGUAUCCAAAACAGAAGUCUUUACACACAAGUUCAGCCGAAAAACAAUUGAUGUAACUCAUUCUGUAGGUAAUAAAGAUUUUUCAUUGUCAAAUACCACUACUGAAUCAUUAGAAAGUAAUGAAUUCCAAACAAAUCAAUCAAAACAUUCAAUGAGUUCUACUUCAAGUAAUGAAGGUUUAACUUUGUUAAAUUCUACUACUGGAUUGUUGGGAAGCUGCAGUUCAUCGAGAACUCAGUCAAGGUUAUUGACAUCAAAACAAUCAAAAAGUUCUACUUUAAAUAAUGGUACAUUACAUUUGACUAUAGAAUCAUUAGACAAAUCACAGAAUGAUAAAUCUAAGCAUUUAAUAAGCUAUACUUCAAAUAAUGAAGAUUUAACAUUAACAAAUUCUACUACUAGAUCUUCAGGAAGACGUAGUUCGUCUAGAAAUAAAUCGACAUCAUCUGAACAUUCAACAAGCGUCAUUUCAAACCAUGAUAGUUUGCCUUCAUUAAAUGCCACUACAGAAAUAUCAAUAGGUGGUAGAUCAUCGAGAAAUCGAUCUAAACAUUCAACAAGUGUUGUUUCAAACAAUGAUAAUUUAACAUUGUUAUAUACCACUAUGGAAUCAUUUAAUAGUAAUGAAUCUCAGAAAACACAAUCAAAGCGUUCUAUAAGUCCUACUUCAUAUAAUGAAAGUUUAAAAUCAACCAAUUCUACUACUGGAUCAUCAGGAAGACGUAGUUCGUCUAGAAAUAAAUCAUCAACAUCAUCUAAGCAUUCAACAAGUGCUAUUUCAAAAAAUGACGGUGUAACGUCUUUAAAUGACAGUAAAGAAAUAUCAGUGGGUGGUAGGUCUUUGAGAAAUAAAUCUAAACAUUCAACAAGUGUUGUUUCAAACAAUGAUAAUUUAACAUUGUUAAAUACCUCUAUGGAAUCAUUAAAAAGUAAUGAAUCUCAGAAAACACAAUCGAAACGUUUAAUAAGUCCUGAUUCGUAUGAUGAAAGUUUAAAACCAACAAAUUCUACUACUGGAUCUCAAGGAAGACGUACUUUGUCUAGAAAUAAAUUGUCAUCAACAUCAUCUAAGCAUUCAACAAGUGCUAUUUCAAACAAUGACAGUGUAACGUCUUUAAAUGACAGUAAAGAAAUAUCAGUGGGUGGUAGGUCUUUGAGAAAUCAAUCUAAACAUUCAACAAGUGUUAUUUUAAACAAUGAUAAUUUAACAUUGUUAAAUACCACUAUGGAAUCAUUAAAAACUAAAGGAUCUCAGAAAAGGCAGUCAAAGCGUUCUAUAAGUCCAACUUCAGAUAAUGAAAGUUUGAAAUCAACAAAUUCUACUACUGUAUUUUCAGGAGGACUUAGUUCAUCUAGAAAUAAAUCAUCAUUAUUGACAUCUAAACAUUCAACAAGUGUUAUUUCAAACAGUGACAGUCUAACAUCGUUAAAUGCCACUACAGAAAUUUCAGUAGGUAGGAAGUCGUCAAAAAAUCAAUCUCAACAUUCAACAAGUGUUAUUUCUAACCAUGAUAGUUUACCAUUGUUCAGCGCCGCCACCAUGGGAUUAUUAGAAAGUAAUGAAUCUCCAAAAACUCAAUCAACAAGUCCUACUUCAAAUAUUGAAAAUUUAACAACUUUGAAUACCACUACUAAAUCAUUAAAACAAAAUGUAUUUUCAAUAAAUGAAUCAAUUUCAAAACAUUCUUCAUUAAUUAACGGCGGAAAAACAUCCAUUAAUGCAUUAAUACUUGGAGAUGUUAUAAAUAAUGUUAGUAGAAUGUCUACUCGAUCAUCAAAAAGAAAAAGCAAUUGUUCGGGUAAUGUGGAACCCAUAACUUCAAUUAUUAUUGAUGGAUUAUCUAAUAGUGAUGGUUUAACAAUUAAAAAUACUACUACUGGACCUUUGGAACAAAAGACAUUGUCACUAAAUCAAUUAAAUUCUUCACCAAAUAUUUCUAAAAAAACGUCCACAAAUGGAUUGAUACUAGAAGAUGAUACAAAUAAUAUUAGUAAAAUGUAUGCUUCAUCGUCCAAACAUAAAAAUAAAUCUUAUGAUGAUAUCGAACAAAUAAUGCCAAAUAUUACUGAUUUCCCAUUGGUAGAAAUUAGACCACCUAAAACUAGAGUACUGAGAUCUUCUCUGCAUAUUAAUAAAAAUAAAUCUUUACCAACUAAAUCAUUGACGUCAGAAAAUGAUGUGAAUAAUUUAUCUAUUGGUUCUACUAGAACUUCAAAACACAUGGCUAAUUUUAAUAAUGAAACUUUUGAUAAUAAUUCUGAUAAUUCAUUAUUUUGGACAACAUUACCUGAUGAAUCCACAAACAUAUCAAAUAUCCAGAAUGUAAAUAUGAAUACAUUUCAAACGCCUAAGAGAAAUAAAUUAUCUAUUGCAGAAAAUAUAGUUAAUACAAUUAAAAUCAUGUCAACAAAUAAACAAAAAUCUACUCAUCCAGGCGCUUUUGAACUUGAUGAUCAUAAUGAUGAACCAUUAACAAGAUCAUUAGUAACACGUUCACGUUCAUUUAAUCGCAGUCGUUCAAUUCUAACUGCAGUGUUUGGUGGACAAAAAACCUCAGAGUCAACGUCAUUGUCCACACCCUCUGAAAUUAUAUUUGAUCAAUCCCAAGUUGAAGAAAAUGUAAAACAAAAGUUUAAGUCUCUGUAUAAGAAAGAAUCAUGGAUUACCAAACGUCUUUACAAAUUUUUAAUUAUUAAGCUGCAACCAAAUUAUAAUAUAUAUUCGGUGAAGUAUGCAGAAAAGUUUGUCAAAUAUUUAGCACAGUUAUUAAAGCAAAUUCUUAAAGAUCAAGUAAAUUUGCAGUUGUGCACAGAUAUGUUGAGAUACCACAUGGCGAGAUAUCACAUCAUCAAAGAUACAUUUGAUUACUUAGGAUUUUUGUGUGAUUACAUUCCAAUGGAAUAUUAUAAAAAGUUAGUUCCUGGGUGGAACCUUGAGACAUCAGCAGUAAAAUUUGAUCCACAAAAAUAUUAUAUUCCUCUCAUGGAUUAUGAAGAAUUUUUACAUUAUAUUAUGGAACACCUUAAUGAAGCUUAA